CAAACCUCUUUUAUCUCUAUAAAUACCUCAACGAAUCCUCCAUUCUUCCCCACAUCCAAACAAUCGAUUAACUCAUCAUGAAGUCCUUUAAGUUCAUGUUGUUCCUUGAGUUGGCAAUGCUCGUGGCUAUGAUGAUCAUAAUUCCUGAUCUCCUUGAUGCGGCAACACUAUCAGAAGAAGAAGAACAAUCGAAUGAGCAAGAGUCGACAACUUCAUUGCGUGGUUCCAGUCGCUUUCUUGCCGCCCAUUUGAAGCCUCCUCGGCUUCAGAUGAGGACGUGUGACAAAUACCCUAGAGUUUGUCGCGCCAAGGGGAGCCCGGGGCCAUACUGCUGCAAGAAGAAAUGUGUAAACGUGUUGACAGACGAGCUCAAUUGCGGCAAGUGUGGGAAGAAGUGUAAGUUCUCGGAGACUUGCUGUAAAGGUGAGUGUGUGAAUACAAUGUUCAACAAGAAGCACUGUGGUGGUUGCAACAAGAAGUGCAAAAAAGGGUAUUCAUGCACGUAUGGGAUGUGCAACUACUCAUAGAAUUUGUGUUAUACAUUUCUGGAUCGAGCUCAAGCUACCUAUCAUAUCCAUGCAGACACAAGUGAUGAUUGAUUUAGUGCAGCAAAACUGGAUUAGUUAAUUUGUUCAUGUUGUUAAUUAUUUUGUGUGUGCCCAAUAAUAAAGGCAAGUCAUCAAUAUCUUUGAUGAAAUUUGCUAAUAUUUGUUUAAUCCUUCCUUUUUUUUUCUUCUUUUUAAUCAACCUAUGUAGA